GGAGGCGCCCCGCCCUCGUCUGGUUGAGCGCGUUUGAAUGACAGAUCUCGCAGGGCUGUGAAUUUGUGCUUGGUUUGCUUAGCCGCAGAGUCCCGCACCAGUCAAGGAGCUCCAUCGCAACUGGAUGGCUUGGUAUGGGGGAAAGCGGAUUGCACCCUUCGGCUGAGCGGCGGCUUUGGACGACGUUUGCGUUGAUAAUGGUCGUGCUGUCAGUGUGGCCCAGAACAGUGCAUUGCCAGCAGUGUCGGAUCCAGCGCUGCAAUGCCGAGUACGUGGCCUCCACCUCCCCCUCUAACGGGCUGCAGGAGGACCAGCCUGCCGACGUGGAUUACUGCAUCGCCCUGCGCGCCUACUCCCAGUGCACCAAGAAGACUGCGCGGGCCUGUCGGGGGGACCUGGUCUACCACUCCACAGUCGUCCGUAUCAAAGAGCUCUUCAUCCAGUACAACUGCUCCAGUGUGGGCCCCACGUCCUCGGGCAGGGCCCAGGGCACCAGCCACCUUGCCGUGCCCGAGCUGUGCGACUACGAGAGCCGCGCGCACGCCUCGCAAGGCCCGCGCCACGGCAGGUACGCGCACUGUGGAUUAUUCGGGGACCCCCACCUGCGCACCUUCAGGGAUGAGUUUCAGACCUGCAAGGUGGAGGGAGCCUGGCCCCUCAUAGACAAUCAGUACCUGUCCGUCCAGGUGACCAACGUGCCUGUGAUCCAGGGCUCCAGCGCCACCGCCACCAGCAAGAUCACUGUGAUCUUCAAGAGCUUCCAGGGCUGCACAGAGCAGAAGGUGUACCAGGCCACCACAGAGGACCUCCCCUCAGCCUUCCUGGACGGUACGAGGGAGGGGGGGGGCAGCUUGCGGAUCUUGGAGCGCGGCCGGGGGGGGGCCGGCUCCUUCUCCUCCCAGGUGGAGAUCCAGGCCCGCUACAUCGGCACCUCCAUCAUCGUGAGGCAGGUGGGCCGCUACCUGACCUUUGCCAUCCGCGUCCCGGAGGACACUCUGAACUUCUCCGAGGAGGGCUCGGGGCUGCAGCUCUGUCUGCACGGCUGCCCCCGCAGCGAGCUCAUCAAGGAGCACACCCUGAGCGGGCCCGGCCCCAGCCCCGCGGCGCCCCGGCCCUCCUACACCGUGGAGCGCGCCACCGCCGAGUGCCGCGAGCUCCUGCAGGUGGAGGACGUGUACUUCCAGUCCUGCGUGUUCGACCUGCUCACCACGGGGGACCCCGAGUUCUCCAUGGCAGCGUACGGAGCCCUGGAGGACCUCAAAGCCCUGCCCCCCAGCAAACUGAAACAGAACUCCCCCCGGACUCCCCGCCUUUACAGCGUGGCGCACAGAACUGACGCAGGGCCCGGCCUCGCCCUCGCCCUCGCCCUCGCUGCUCUGCUGCGCUGGCUCUCAUAAGAUACGUUUAAAACAAAAGCUGAAGAAUGGAGGCUCAAGUCAGAGGAAGGAGUCCCUUUUUUUUUUUUCCCUGCACAAGGUCCCAGAAGAGCGCCCUCCACGCUUGGCAGGCAAACCCAUCCCAGAGCUCAUCAGACCAUCGGGGUGAAACUGACUCCAACUACUUCCUUUGUGUAAACGAGUCACUGGGACUCCCAUUGCGGCCCUUCCUUCAGCGCAGGGCAGCAUGCUUGUUUCACCCAGGCCCUUCGUACUCUGAUUUUUUGCCUUCUCUCUGGGUCUGGGCCUGCACUGGAAUAGCAUGUCUUGAACGAGGAUCACAUCUUGUAAGUUGUCACAGCAGUAUGUUUGCAGCACUGGACUCGGUACAGCACUGGAGUGAUGCUUCUAACUCCAGGAGGACUGUGAAGCUGUCCAGCAGGAUCAGUCUUCAGGGGAGGCCCUGGUAUUCAUUGAAUCAAGAGAAGUACUGCUCCAAUUCCACACAGGCGGAAUGAAAUGAACCCCUGAAUCCCUCCUGGGAUAGGAGUGGGUCCCGCCUGCUGAUGCUGUGUUUGCAGUCACAACAAAUUCAUUGUCAACCAAAAAAAAACCCUGUGGAUUGUGGACUGGAUAUCUGCUGGAUUGAGUGGUAAUACAGAAAAAAAUAAAGUAAAACUGGAUCCAACAACCUUUUAACGAUGCUGCCUAUCUCUAAUGCCAUCUCUAGGAUUUGGAAAGGGGAGGGGUGGACUGUAACUGUUGCUUUAAUCGGAACCCUGGAACAAGGAAACCACGUUUAGCUUUGACUGUGCAUCCCCAGAAUCCUUUGCUCGUUGAUAGCAAGCUGAACCAGCGCUUGCUUUCCUUCUAGUGUAAGAAUGUCUUGAGUAAGGAGGUGCCUGUCUGCUGUGAGUCUGCUGUGUGCACCCGUGCAUGUGUGGGGAGCACUUGACACACAUGGACUUCGCUGUGCACUUGGCUGACUCUACUGAUCUUUUCAAGCAGCAAUGUGGAAAUGGAUUUCUUAAAUACAUUUUCAAGGUACAUGUAAUGAAUAAGCAUGGGACUGUAUGGCCCCCCCCUCCCUCCUCCCCUUUCAAUACAGACUUCCUCCUCUAGCUGGAGUGCAGGUCCUGGGUUUAAAAUAAAGCAAAGUGUCUAUAUAAUAAUAUAUUGAGAGUGUAUAUAUGUGUUGUAUAAUGUGUAAAUGUGCUGUACAUAGAGGAGUGGAACUGGCAACACUGCUGGUUGCUGUUCCCUCGCUGUUCUAUUGAAACUGAUACGAGCCGGCAGCAUAGGCAUUUCAUCUGUGUUACUUCCUUAUUAAAAGUGACCCUGAAAUGGGCUGUGUGGUUUGAAUUCAUUUCUCUGGGUUUCCUCGUCUCUUGGGUGUGAGUGUGUGUGUGUGUGUUUGUCUCUGCUACGGGUCUCUGGUCACGUUGUGAUCUCAUUCGGAAGGGAGUUUUCACAAGCGAUGGGUGAUACAGCCUGGGCCCCUGUCCUGAAGUCCUGUGCGUGUCGGGGGGAGGUAGAACUGUGAUGUCAUCAUGACGUGCUUUGUAAUUGCCCCCUGUGGGCGGGUCUUGCCGUUUCAUGUCUGUUUUUAAUAGCCUGCAGCUCACAGGCUCUGGGGGCAGAGCUAGCUCUUACAACGUUCACAUUCAUACAGAUUUCACAGCUGAGAAAAGUUUUAUAUAUAGU